UUUUUCCAAUCGAUGCAGCUGACUUCAUGGCAGUGGGUCAUAUGAUCGUUCAGUGAAAAGGGCGAGUCCGAGUGUAAACUUGUGAUCGAGUUAUUGUCAAUACACAAGUAAAUUUCUAUUUUUCCAAAAUAUUCGAUUGAUUUUUAUAAUUCAAGAUGAAGGGAUGCAUGUUUAACAUUGACGGUGGUUACUUGGAGGGGUUGUGCAGAGGAUUCAAAUGUGGAAUUCUUCAACAGAGUGAUUAUCUCAAUUUGGUGCAGUGUGAAACACUUGAAGACCUAAAGCUGCAUUUAGCUGGAACUGACUAUGGGAGUUUCUUGGCAAAUGAGCCCUCACCCCUGCAAGUCGGUGUGAUUGACGACAAACUCCGAGAAAAGCUCGUCAUCGAGUUCCAGCAUAUGCGCAACCACUCUGUAGAACCUCUGUCUCAAUUCCUGGACUUUAUCACGUACAGCUACAUGAUUGACAACAUCAUUUUGCUGAUUACGGGGACACUCCACCAGAGGCCCAUCUCGGAGCUGAUCCCCAAGUGUCAUCCUCUUGGUAGCUUCGAGCAGAUGGAAGCUAUUCAUGUGGCUGCUACUCCUGCUGAAUUAUAUAAUGCUGUUUUGGUCGAUACUCCACUGGCUCCAUUUUUCGUUGAUUGCAUCUCAGAACAGGAUUUAGACGAGAUGAACAUCGAAAUCAUAAGAAAUACUCUCUACAAAGCUUAUCUCGAGGCUUUCUACAAGUUUUGUAAAGACAUCGGAGGAACUACAGCUGAUGUUAUGUGUGAAAUUCUUGCGUUUGAAGCUGAUAGGCGAGCUAUCAUCAUCACCAUCAACUCAUUCGGCACUGAAUUGGGAAAAGAUGAUCGUGCGAAGCUGUAUCCUCGCUGUGGAAAAUUGAAUCCCGAUGGUUUAGCAGCUCUGGCGCGGGCUGAUGACUAUGAACAAGUAAAAGCAGUUGCUGAAUACUACGCGGAGUACAGUGCAUUAUUCGAAGGUGCUGGAAAUAAUCCCGGAGAUAAGACACUUGAGGAUAAAUUCUUCGAGCAUGAGGUACGUCUAAAUGUCAACGCCUUCCUUCAACAAUUCCACUUCGGUGUAUUUUACAGCUACUUGAAGCUAAAAGAACAAGAAUGCCGCAAUAUCGUAUGGAUAUCCGAGUGCGUUGCACAGAAACAUCGUGCUAAAAUCGACAAUUACAUUCCAAUCUUCUAAAAAAAUUUAGAAUUCUCAAUGGGGCAUCUGUUGAAAAUUGUUCAUAUUAUUUUCUCCAACGUGGGACCUACUUAAUCCCGAUGGAAACGCCAAUUAUUACCGUCGUUCUGUAUAAAAAAAUUGAUUUAUCAUCCACAAGAUAUGUAGUAUAAUGUUAAAUUUCAUGGAGAAAUGAAACGAAGGUUAAGUAAACUAAAUUAAUUAAUUUGCAAAUCAAUCAAUGAUUUAUUUCAUUUAAAUUACCUAAUUUCUGUUUAUCGAAUCAAAGAGUUAUAUAUUUAUAUUUGAAAGUUGCAAAAGGACAUAGGCAUUUUACGUGCAAAAUUUUGUAACGAAUUUCUGUGUAAUUAAUUGAUUUAGGAAAGUAUUAUUCUGCUCUGAGUUUUAUUGUUGGAAUUAAUUCGCUUAAAUGUCUAGGGGGGAAUAUACUGCAUUCCACUGUAAACCAUUAUUCACUAUGCGUGUAUGUAUCAUAAAUUACUUGUGAAAAAUAUAUUCAUAAAGACGAA